UUUUUUCGAACCUGUUUUUCGUUUCCGACAUAAUUGUAGUGGAGAAGGAAGAGUGGGAAGUAGUUUGAGGAAGCGGAAAACAACACUCACUGGCGGAGAACGACAACGGAAGACUUCACACCCGCCGAUCUGAACGAGCAGCGACUGCACUACAGGAGGAGAUUUAUUUUUACAGAGCCGGCGACAGCAGGAGAUUUUUACAGAAUCUCAGCUUCCUGGAGGACCACAGCUCGCUUCGGUUUCCAACCAGUACCUACAGGAACUCUAAUAUCCAGUUGUCUUCCGAGGACUCUGUGCACAGCGCAUUUCUGGAGGAGCAAACGAAACACAGGAGAACGAGGUGGAUCAUCAAACAAUAGCUGGGGGAUAGUAAGUACGACAAGACCGCUUGUUUUCUUGUGCUUACUCCUUACAAGAACUACUCACUCCGAGGACCACUCCUCGCAUUGACGCAGCUUCGUCCUGUGCGGUAAGUACGACAGACCGGCGGUCACGGUUGGUCGUUCUUGAAGAGAAAAUUCACAUAAACUUCUUCUCCCACGUAGAGGACCAAAGCCAAAGUGCAACAGCUGUCCAGACCGCUUUCUUUUCCACAGUGGCACCAGCGGGAAAAGCAGGAGAACUACAUCUUCACAGCACUGAAAUAUUAAGCCGACUACACGACUACAACUAGCUUGUUAUAGCGGUCCACCUGUAGCAAGAUUCUUUUACGACCAGCAAUUUUGGUCGUUUUUACUGAAACCCCAAGAACCAUCAACCGGCAACAAAACUGUCCUCGCAAGAUGAACGCGGCAGUAAGAGCGGAUCAUAUUUGAAGAAGACCUAUUUUCAACGGUGACGAGAAGGAACUACGUACAACUAACCGCAGUUGUGAGUAUCUUCUUCUACAACAAGAACCUCAACCACAGCACCCCGCCCACGCCCUGCCAGAACGCGAACUCAUCCUCAAUUUUCGAAGUGCCGCGCGCUUGUGGACAACUUGCUGCUUUCUGAUUUCCUGAAAGACGACAUUGUUGGUGAAGAACCACGUGUGGGUGUAGUGCCGCUGGCGCUUAAUUGCUUUUCAACAUCGUGGUGCUGUUGGAAACUACACAACUUCAGAAAGAACGAGCAGCGCAACUCGAAUAAAUCUUUGCUUCGCUGUCAAUUUGAGCCGGACAGGAGGGUCAGGAAGGCGAGAUCUACAGGCUACAGCAGGAUUAAAACUUGCUCCCUGAACAACUACGACGUCGUGCUGCAUCGCGUCGUCCACAACUUUCGACGAAAAACUACAGAAGCUCCGUUUACAACGCCAACACACGCAGUCCGCUGUUGGUGAGAACGUUGGUUGUAGCGACUUCCAAUACAACCACGCACUCCAGCUACUACUUCCAAAAAUGAAAAACAAGAUGCCCGCCCCUGAGAAGAAGAGCGUGAAGCAGCUUCAGGACGGUCUGCAGCCCGAGAACAAGAAGCAGACUGGAAACAACACGAACCCGAAGGGCGGGAUGAAUAAAAAAGGCACGAAAGGCAAGCAGGAGGACGAUGUCAUCAUGGAGGACGCUGGUUUGCAGGGCGGUAUCCACUAAGAAAGACCCAGCAUCCCGCCCAUCGACUUGGUCAUGCAAAAAAUGCGUCAAAGCCACCUGCUCCAUCUGAAUCUGUGCUUGUCAUGCAAAGAAUAGAUGUGGAUGGCAUGGGUUUCUUCCUCUGGAUAACCUCCGGCGAACAGCUUCUACUACCAGGGAAAACAGAGCGAGACGCGGUCGUGGUGGACAAGAAGGAAGAUAAACAGGACGCGGGUAUUAUGAAUUGCAAAUAUGUCUAGGUCUGGAUUUGUGAUGCAGGAUGUCAAGGACAACAAGAUCUGUAAUGCAUGAAUACCAUUGGCCAGUUUUCUUGUCGUGCUGGAUGGCAGUCUGUAAUGCUAAACACGAAUAAACAAUCCGCAAGGAUUGUUUAUUCGUGUUAAAUUUCUCAUGCUGUUAGACGAGGGAAAUUUCUCAUGCUGUUAUGCCGUACAAGCAGCAAGUUUGCAAUGCAAGUGUCAGCAACACAAGCUUCCAGACCAAGACAUUUUUGCAUUUGAUAGCUAUGAAAAACAACGAAGACGACAAGGACGCAGUUUUUUACGAGGCCACUGACAAGGAUCGCAUGCGUGUGGGUGUGAUGACCAACCACACAUUUCCAAUCCUGCGAAAGGACACAAAAUAUCACUUGCAAAGAUUUCGUCUGGAGGGUCUGGAAGAUUACGACUACCGGGCUUGUCAUCCAUGCUCAUUAGCGUCAUCACCUCCCUCGAUUUUUUAUCAUGCUUUGUUAGCAUCGCGCACGUUGCUUGCACCGAAAAGCCACGCACUUUUGUCAUGCAGCAACGCAGUUUGUCACGCAUGGAGAGAAGUAGGUAAAACCCAGCAGCUAAACAACUUGGCAUGUUUGGCCUCAAAUGAUCGUGGCGCUUCGUUCUGUGAUCCUUCAAACACCAGCAUCACAAAAGUAUUCAAUUCCAGACCCAGAGGGCCUUAGAUUUGCAAUGCAUACGAAAUCGGGCGGGGGCGGCGGGCGGCUGCGGUAUAUUCCCGGCAAAAAGUUCGGCGAUCUACAAUUAUUUCGUAUGGGAUUCAUCUCAAACGUUACGUGCUCAGCUGUCACAUGAAUUUCUUGUCAGCCAGAAUCACAACUAUCACGCUUCUCACGAUCAAGCUUCUUCGCAUGACAAGUUCUCGACAACAAGCUAAAUAGCAUAUACAAUCUGGGCCAAGUCUGUAAUCCAAGUCUCGCACGAACGUCCCCCCCUUUCGCUUUUGCCACUCUUGCAUCACCAAUUCAUGUAUACAGUUUCGAAUGUAACGCUUGAGAGCGCCAUACUUCGCACCGGACUGGUGGAAGAGCCCGACGAUCCCGAGGCGGGGGAGCUGAACACGGAGAUCCUGGAGCUGCCAUUGGCAAUCACCGAGACACCAUUCCCACGGCUCGGCAAAGGCGGAUACGGGACCGUCUACGCGGUGCAUGACAAACUGGCUGUGAAGCGAAUUGAGCAUUUCGGGGAUGAAGACGAGAAAUCGAAGAACAAAAAAAGCAAAAGCCCGAUGAAAAAUCCUCCACCAGACGCAAACAAUAAGAAGAGAAAACCCAGUAACAAAAAGAAGAGUAAGGACGAAGACCAGCUACAGAAUAAAAAAAAACCCGCGCAAGACAAUGGAGACAACAGUAGUGAUGACGAGGAAGACGACGAUGAGGACAAGAUGGGUAAAGACGAUUUUAUCCGACUUCAUCGCGAACUGGAUUUAAUGAUGCAGUGUAGCCACGCGAACGUGAUUGGGUUUCGUUAUCGCAAGAAAAAAGUUUUACAGUUGCGCAUUGUGUUGCAGGCCAAGCAAGACAGACCAGCUCUGUCAUGCCGGGUACGCAUAGAAGCCUCGUUUCAUUGGUGUUUUCCCGUGGGAUUUCUGAAUUACAAGCUUUCUCUUUCAUGCAGAGAAAUUUGUGUUGCGGAAUUGACUACAAGUGUGUAACUGUAACACGACUUUUUUCCUGGGAUAUUCGCGGCGGAUGGGUUAGCGUGGUCAAAAGCUGGAAUUUAUUCAUCCUCAUGGAGCGCGGGAUUCCAUUGAAUAAGUUCCGGUGGAAACAAAUCGGCGAAACCUUAUGGCUAUGCAUUGCAAAAGUAUCGUAGACGUAGUAGUAGAAAUUGCAAUACAAAUUUCCUCAGCAUGAUGAGAAGUAAAAUUUGUAAUGCAGAUUUGCCUUGGAAACAAACAAGAUUUGUAAUGCAAGAAUUGCAUUUAUACGAGUGCGAUACUUCUGCAUUGCAUAAUGGCGGUUGUGGGAGGACGACCUCGUGGAGGGAGUGCGGUAUUUAGAGAAGCUUGGGUUAUGCAUUGCAAAGAUGUCUGGGUCUGGAAGGAUACAACUUGUGAUGCUGCGUUUGGAUUCUACAAAAAUCUGUAUUGCAUGAACAGCAAAAGCGGUCCCGUAUUUGUCACGGCAUAGGCAUCAGGAAGCCCUCACAAAAUCUGUGAUGCUAGGGCAUGCAUCACAGACAUCAGGAGUCCGAGUCAUGCAAAAUGUGCAUGACAAACCUGGCAUCCUUCCAGACCCAGACAUAUUUGCACGCGAUAGGGGUAUGGCCAUCGCGACCUGAAGCGCGAAAAUUUAUUUUUGAUGGCACGCGACGAGGCGGGCCGGCUGGUUUUGGUGGUUGGUGAUUUGGGAACGGCGUAUCCACGUGCAAAAUACUGAAUAUUUCCGCGCACGAUGGAAAAACGGACUCGCGUCGUCUACUGCAUGACAGACACCCUCUCAAUCCUAUUUAGCAUGACAAAUGGCAUGCCUGGAGUCCUAUAACCUGCAUAUAAUCUGUGAUGCACUUUGUACAUCUGCCUCUGCGGGAAUACAUUAUUUGUAUUGCAUACGGCGAAGCUCUUUUCCGCCGCACUGGGCGACGCAGGCACACACAGCCCCCGCUCUUCGUGCGGCACCGGCGCAUACACGCCCCCGGAAACCGCGAGCUACUACGCAUUGCAAAUGUCUUUGGGCCUUGACUUGUGAUGCGGUUGUUCACUGCGACAAAGAUGAAGAUCGUCUGUACUUCAUGAAAAGGAUUCGUGACUUAUUUUUUUGUCGGGCUAGAAGGCAUCUUUCCCUGACCAAAAUAUUACAGUUAAGUGUGCAAUAACACUGGGGAAAACUUGUGAUGCGCUCAUGCCACACGAGAAUCUUGCAAAAGAAGUCAGUGUAGCAACAUCCUGUGCAAGACAAAGACAUAUUUGCAUUCGAUAGCUUCCUCCAGGAGACCAGCAGUGGUAUCAAGUUCGUGAAAGGCCACGACUUACGCAGUGCAAAUAUGUCUGGGUCUGGAAGAGUGCAACUUGUGAAGCUGCAUUUGGAUGCUAAAAAAACCUGUAUUGCAUGAGCAGCAAGGGAAGGCAAAUUUGGCUACGCGGAGAGGGCAUUUGUCAUGCGGGAUGCGCAUCGAUAAGCCCUCAAAAAUCUGUGAUGCUAAGGCAUGUGUAGCACAGACAUCACGUUCACGAAUCAUGGAAAAUGUGCAUGGCAAACUUGUCCUCUUCCAGACCCAGACAUAUUUGCAUUAGAUACGACUAUUGGGCGAUAGGUCACAUUAUCUGCGAAGUUUUAAGCGAUGCCGGGGAGGAGGAAGAGCUGAUGAAGCUGCUGUGUGGCAAGUACUAUCCUGCGCAAAAGUUGUCUCGUCCUCGCAGUAGGUUGCAAAACGACACGAGAAGCCUACCUUUGUCGUCUUACUUAUGGGAGUGGGUGGCCACCUCUCAAAGGUAAGUGCGAACUUGUCAUGCAAUUCGUACAACACCUAGUAGCUACGAUACUUUUGCGCUGCAUAAUUACUGGAGGGAGUCUGAAGACGAGGACGAUGACGAGGACAGUGGUGAUGAUAUUCUGUGUAAAGACGCCCCCAGGACGCCAGAGCUGUCAUGCAAAUCUGCCUGCCUCGAGUGUUUCUCUUGCGCGCCAAGUGUGGUUUUGAUUUUUAUCAUGCUUGAGUCAGUCUCAGUGUAAGAUGCCCUAUCGACUGUGAUGCUGCUGCACUCCUAGCUACAAAACUACUCGCCUACAUUUUUGCAAGCCCAGAAAUGAACUUGUCAUGCGCAACAACCAAAAGCAAAACUUGUUGAUUUCUCGAGCACAUUUUCCAUUUUUCCUCUGGGGAGGAGGUGGGGGCGUGUUUACUCGGGAUAGGUGACGACGACGACGCAGAAGACGAUGAGAAUGACGAUGAAUAUGCCUUGCAAAAAAAAUGUCUUCUGGUAGUUGGAAAAAUCUGUGACGCAGAUGUGUAGAUGGACCACGCCCCUCUUUUUCGAGCCACGCAUGGCAAGUUGCUGAACCGUUAUCUAUGUGACCAUACGCGGACCGCAUGACAAAUUGCAUUUUUGCACGACAGGUGUUUGUUUUGUCGCCGUGCUCGUGUCAACCAAGCAUGAUAACGACCCUUGCAUUCUUGUUCCAGACCCAGAACACAUAAUUCUUGCAGUGCAUACUGACAGAGAAUUUUCCAUCUCCUUCGCGGACGGCGAGCUCCAGGAGGAAGUGGCCUGGCAUGUUGCUAGUACGCUUUGCAAGUCUGUCCUCUGGGUCUGGAAUAAACUUGUAAUGCUAAAAGCGCAGGAUAAGCGCAUUGUUAUGCCCAGCCAAACAUAGCAAAUUCUUGAGCUGCUAUGUGUUGCGUAUCCUGCAUCCAUGGGAAGCUGCUUGUGCAUGACAGACUUUCGCGUCAUGUCAUGCAUGCAUGCAUGACAAACGUAGCAAUGUUCCAGACCCAGAUAUAUUUGCGAUGCAUAGGUACCCGGGUGAUUGCGUCUGACGUGGAUGCGAAUACAACCAGAGCCGCCAUCCAGAUCACAAGGCUGGCUGGUCCGUGGAUAUCCAUUGCAAAUAUGUCUGGGUCUGGGAAGUUGUGCCGGCGCAAGUCAGUGAAUAAUGAGCACACCCACACAACAAACUACACAAUAAAGAUCCCAGAGUCAACGUGCCAGUCUAGCAUGACUAAUGAUCUCGCAAUCUUCCAGACCCAGACGUAUUAGCAUUUGAUAGGGGAGAAAGUUGUACAACAAGUUGGAAAAAAAAUGGACCAACUUACUCGGAAAGGCGCGGGAGGUCUCCCCGGUGUGUGCCGAGGUAGCGAGGCAGUGCCUGGCCUACGUGCCGGAGAGUCGGAAACUGCUCACCACCGCAGAAGCAGCAGAGGCCCUGGCCGCGAGAGCUAAAGCAGAGGAAGACGGCGCGCUCAAGGAGGGUAAAGGGAUAUCCACUGCAAACGCGUCUGGGUCUGGAAGAUUGAAACUUGUGAUGCGCAUUCUGGAUCAGACAAAAAUCUGUCAUGCGUGAAAGGCACAAGUGGCCUAUCUCUUGUCAUCAAAAGUAGAACAUGGAAAUUCUCAUGUGGGACUGGCAUUGAGAAGGUUCUCAAAACCAGUUGUGAUGCGAAUGCUUGUAUGCUAGGGCGUCUGGGUCCUGCAAAAACUGCAUCACAAAGUCCAGACCCACACGUAUUUGCAAUGUUGCAUAAGGCAAAAAAGAUAGCAGCAAGAAGAUGGCCGAGAAAACAAAAGAAGAUGAGGAACAGGACCGGGAGCGGCAGCAAAGUGAGGCACUGGAGUUGCUGAGAGGCGCGAAGCAGGUGCGGAACACGCACCGUGACGGGUUGCAGUUGGUUUAUGACCAUUUAGAAGAGGAGGGAGCAACGGAGAACGAGUUGAUUGCUAUCCUUUGCAAAAGUAUUUCUGUGGUCGUAGGUGUCGGGAGCUUGCAUAAGAAACAAGCAGCACGAGACCCAAGCUGUUACAUGCUGAAGAACAGAGGCCUGGUCGAGGGUCCCGGUGACCGUGAUAGUGAUACUUUUGCACCGCAUACCUUGCUACGCGCAACAAAUCAUCAAGGAACAACUGCUGUCCGAAAAGGCCAUAAGCCUCCGCGACCCGUCGGUGUUCGGUGGCGCAGUGCCCGGCUACGGCCCGCAAGAACUCGAGCUCUUCGGCGAGCAGUAUGAGGACCACUCCCAGCGCAAACAAUUAUCGAGUGCAAAUCUGUGGUCUGGGUCUGGAAUAAAGAAAGUUGAAUCUGUAUUGCUUGACCUGCAUGGAUGUGUGUGAAAUUUGUAUUGCGCGUCAAUUAUCAGGAAGAAAUGCAACACUUGUCUUUUGUCAUGCAAAAGCGCAAGCUGUUUCUCAUGAGCGCUACAACGCAUGACAAGAUGUCUCAAAUAAAAGUUUGUCAUGCUUGGCUGCUGCACUCGCGAAAGUGGAUGCAGCAUAACAAGUUUAUUCCAGACCCAGAUAUAUUUUCCAAGCAUAAUAACCGCACCUGCCCGAUUCGCGACCCGGCCUCUUCGGCCAGCUGGCCAAGAAAACGGCACAGGUUGUCCCCACCGCGCUUCUGCCGUCCGGGUUGAGAGGAAUCCUGAAAAACAACACCAGUACAACUUCUAGCGGAGGACAAAAUAUUAACCAGAAAAACACGACCUACAGCCAGAGGUCCACAACUUCCAACCGUUCUGCCUUCUCCCUCAAGAGUCGUGGCGGGCAAUCUGCUUCCUCUUCAUCCUCUGCACUAUUUCUGCAACCAAACAGCGGUGCAGGGAGCAGCAGCAGCUACCACAACAACCUUAACUACAGCGGCGGGGUAAAAAACGCCUUCUCGUCCGUACCACCCGGAGCAUCUUCUUCCUCUGCGGGUGCGGGUGCGCUGCAACUGCGACAGCCGAUGUUAUUCAAUCGGGACGAGGAUGAAGAAAUUUUGCUUCAGGAGCUUGAAGGGUUUGAUGAUCAAGACGAUGACACAACUAAUAAACACGGAAAAACCCACGCAUCUGGCAGCAAAGUAGUAAAAUUUGGUUGCUUCGGUGGCGCCUCGUCGUUGCUCGGAAUGAAGAACCGCAACAGCGCGAUCGGCAGCAAGAAGCGUACCACUCAUAGAUACGAUAGUUUUAUCUUGCUCAAGAACAGCACUUCGUCAACCUGCGUACUAGGCUCUCUUUGAAUACGUCCUCAGGUGGACGAGUGUUGAAUGUUUAGACAUAAUUCAAGGACAUUUAUGUUAUUGAAAAACGCAACAGUAUUUUUACUUUUCAUCACCCACACUACAACAAACCCAGGCCCGCAGCAAACCAUCACACCUGGCCUAUGCACUGCAACCAUGUCUGGCAGUGGUCUAGAAAAGUGCUAGAGAAUAAUUUUGUCAUGUUAAUGUAUUGCUAUUGAUCUGAUCAUGCUAAUAUCACCAUUGAUGAGCCAACAUGAUCUCACCUUCAGCAACAUCACCGGAAAAUGAACAUCAGUGUUUUGCAUUUCUUACCGUGCUGCAUUUUUCUAGUGUUCCUCCUAGAUGUGGACGAUUUGCACUCGAUACGGAAACACGCCCGGCGAUUUUGAUGACGGUGACGCCGGCAUGGUAACCGCGGAGGAACAGCAACUCGCCGCAGAAAUCACGAAUCACAUGGGCGACCACAGUUUCUACUCGCUGCAAAAGUAUCGCACCUACUUGUGGUUCAACAAUUCAAAAUUCAAAUUCUAAAUUGCCAUUGCGAUGCAAGCGCAUGACAAAUAUAUACCUUCUGAAUCAAACGAAAAAAAAAUUCUUUGAGCAAAAUGAAAAUUGCAUUAUGCAAUUUCAAUUUCGAAUUAACGAGUGGAAGUAGUGCGAUGCUUUUGCCUUGCAUAGCUCCAUCUGGGUGACGAAAGAAAAUCCGUCCGGCACCACUGUGAAGAAUGCUGCAACCCAACCGAAAAAGCGGCAGCUGCGGAUCUCAGACAUUGUCAACGGUCGUUUGGUACCCUCGGGAAAGAAAGGAUCGCGCUCGCAAGUAAAAAUCCAGUAUCAAAAAUUUUGAAUGAAAAAGUAAGCUUCGUUUGCAGAACUUCUUCUACACUCAGAACCAGAAGCGAACGAGUGCUCGUGGAAACUAGCUUUGAUUGAAUGCAACAAAUGAUGUACACAUCCCAAUAGUAUUGAGUCAACGGAUAUGAAGAUAGUUGUUGGGAGUUGUUGUGGUCCUUUUGCAAUCCAUACUCGGUGCCAGCGGACAACGACAAGAGCAACGGAGCGAUGACCACGCACGUGCAGCCGGGUCACUGGAUGCCGUACACAAUGGGAUUGAUAUGGACUGCAAAUAUGUCUGGGUCUGGAAGACGAAGAUUGCAAGACUUUUGUCAUGCCGGACAUGAUAUCAUCAGUCGAGACCUCCACCCUGUAAUGUAUAAAUAUGGCUUUUAGCAUGACAGCCUUUCACUUCCCGACCCAGACUGGUACAUUUUUGCCUUUGAUAAAGGAUGGCGCAGCACAACCAAGCAAGCUGGGAUCACCUCCGGGAAGAACAGCCGCAGAAGGUCGCGCAGCUCUUCGAAAACAGUGGUCGGAAGUUUUCCAACUCUCUGCAGAAGGUUUCCUGGCAGGAGAAACCAAAGUGAAGAGUAGAACGACGUGUAGGUGUGAAGAGGAGCAGUGAAUAGUUUUUGGUGAUAAAAAACAAAUUAUAGUAACUGGUGGUCGCGUUCGUGAUAUGAAGUCGAUGAACAAGAACAACGAGAACGAGCAAUUUUUUAUAGAAGACGGACGGCGCUGUAGUACAAGUAAGAAGUGAAUAAGAAUAGGACGGGUGUGAAGAUGAAAGGAGGAGGGGUCAUCUUCACGUUGUGACGGCGGGAGGUGUGAUGUUGAAAGCGUAGCUUCCUUUUUUUUCGAACGUCGUGAACACAGCAACUUACUAUAUUUUGUUUUUAUGAUCUCUCACUCGAAGUUGAAGUUGAACUGCUACGCAUGCUACUAGAGGAUCGUCAAGUUCAUCUUCUUCCAUCGCACCAUCAUCCGCUAUUUUCUUCACAGAAUGAGCAACUUUCGUUUACUUGUUGACGCAACUCUCAACUGCACUGAGUCCGUUUUUUGUACAUCUUCGUUUAUUUAUUGCAGGAUGCAGUGACAAUCUAAUUUUAAACCGGUGAAGGUUUCUACAUCCAAAAUUCUCUGUCAAAGUGAAGCUUAGAACUCAGGAUUGCUAACAGAUGCGACGUUUUUUACGUUUAUGUAAUUAGAGCUACUGCGAUUCUGGUCGCACGGCGGUCGGCAAUGGCAGAAAAGAAAUAGCCGUACUACCAAAUCCAAAACUUCAAAUUUGAACCAAUGCAAAGGCCGCAGAAAGAAACUCUACUCCAAAUAUAUAGUUUUGAGCUACCUGAGCUUCAUCCAAAUCAAGAGAUACGGAGGCCCCUAGCAAAAUGCAAAGUCGCUCAGUUGUGUCUUGUCUUCUCUCAGUCAAGGCGCCGCUUACUAUACUUUAUUAAAAAAUAUUCUCUUUAACUUAUUUUGUACAAGAAAAUCGCGAGAAUCAAAUCUUGAAACCUGGGUGUGUAGUGUUUGCGUGACGAGCACACCCUUCCGUGUUUAUAGAUAGAAAUGGCUAGAUUUCAUUUAGGUUGUCUUCUUCGUCAUUUUAACCCACACUACAGGAUGUGCACGCAACAACUCUCAGUUCGCCCUGCUACUGUGCUCUAUUCAAACUUCCCUUUGGGAUUUUACUUUCUAUAUAGAUAGAAAUGUCUUGUGGUUUUCGCACUUUAACAGCAAGGAGUGCAUCAAAAAAUCAUUUGGCCUAGCGGACAAGCGGCCCACUCCCGUGUGUCUAAGUCCAGCGUCGCCACAACCAGAAGUAAAAUAAAGAGGAGCCAGCUCAAGAAACAAACCGCGAAUCAAUACGGGGGUGCUUCGUCCACUCUCACAACGUUACAAUACAAGCGACGCGAUUUUGUUUAAAAUUGAAAUCCAUUUAUCGUACGACUAGAACUACAAUUUACCCAAAACAGAAUACAAACACGUUUGAUUCUGGCGAGAUGCCCG